AAGAACCCCCAUCCAACAGAUAUGUUUCCUUCAGCUCCUGGAGCCAAAUCUCCUGCUGCUUCUCAUCCUGCAUCGUUUCUUCUUUGCAUCGUCCUCAUAUUUCUAUCCUGCAACACAAUAACACCCUCAUCAGCACAGCCCAGCAACAGAUCAGAGAGUGAGCUGCAAGCUCUACUCUGCUUCAAGCAAAGCGUAAGCAACGACCCGACCGGCGCUUUCAGCUCAUGGAGCGUCUCGGUCGACUUCUGCAGAUGGAAUGGUGUCACAUGUGGCAGGACAUCUCCAGCUCAUGUUGUGUCCAUAGACCUUACCUCCAUGAAGCUAAGUGGAGCCCUGCCAGAUUGCUUGGGCAACCUCACUGCUCUGCAAACUCUGCUGCUUGCAAGAAACAACCUUGAAGGUACCAUCCCCGAAUCCUUGGCAAGAAGUUUAUCGCUCGUCGAGUUAAAUCUUUCGCGUAACAAUCUAUCUGGAGAGAUCCCUCCGAGUCUGUUCAACGGAUCAUCCAACCUUGUCAGUGUUGAUCUCCAAAUGAAUAAUUUCGUUGGCAAAAUUCCCCUUCCCCGUAACAUGGCCGCUCUUCAAUUUCUUGGUCUUACUGGAAACAAACUUUAUGGAAGAAUACCAGCAUCUCUAGCAAAUAUUUCAUCUCUAAGCUCCAUACUGCUAGGUCAAAACAUGUUAUCAGGACUAAUUCCAGAAUCGUUGGGUCAAAUUACAAACCUGAGCACACUAGAUCUGAGUAUAAACAAAUUAUCAGGGUAUGUGCCAGCCACACUGUACAAUAAGUCGUCACUUGAAUUAUUGCGUAUAGGAAACAAUAGUCUGAUUGGAAAGAUACCUCCUGACAUUGGUCACACACUUCCAAAUGUCAAAACAUUGAUCAUGUCAAUGAAUAGUUUUCAUGGAUCGAUUCCUGCUUCCCUGAACAAUGCAUCAAACCUAGAAAUGCUUGAUCUUUCAAGCAAUUUGUUAAGUGGAUUUGUACCAGCAUUAGGAUCCUUGAGAAACAUGAAUAAGCUUUUUCUUGGAAAUAACUCAUUAGAAGCUGGAGAUUGGUCAUUCAUUACAUCCCUGACGAAUUGCACUCAAUUAUUAGAACUGUGGAUGGAUCGGAAUAAGCUCAAAGGUAGUCUACCGAAAUCAGUUGGCAACCUUUCAACACAUCUAGAGACGUUGAAAUUUGGUGGUAACCAAAUAUCCGGAACCAUACCAGAUGCGAUAGGGAACUUUAUAAAUCUCACUCUACUUGAGAUUAACUCAAACAUGCUGUCAGGGAAAAUUCCCCAGACAAUUGGGAACUUGAGAAAAUUGUUUAUCCUCAACCUAUCUGUGAAUAAAUUGUCUGGACAAAUCCCAUCUUCAAUUGGUAAUCUUUCCCAACUUGGUCAGCUUUAUCUAAACAAUAAUAAUUUAUCUGGUAACAUACCGACCAAUAUUGGGCAGUGCAAAAGGCUAAAUAUGCUGAACUUAUCGGUGAACAUCCUUGAUGGAUCUAUACCAGUUGAACUCGUCAAAAUAUCUUCUCUUUCCCUUGGUUUGGAUCUCUCUAACAACAGAAUUUCAGGCUCAAUACCACAAGAAGUUGGUUUUCUGAGCAAUCUUGGACUCCUAAAUUUUUCCAACAACCAGUUAUCAGGAGAAAUUCCCUCCUCACUUGACCAGUGUGUUCUUCUAUUGUCCCUUAACAUGGAAGGAAACAAUCUCAGCGGGAUUAUACCACAGUCCUUAUAUAAACUGAAGGCUAUUCAAGAAAUUGAUCUAUCUGAAAACAGUUUAUCAGGUCAAGUUCCCAUGUUUUUUGAGGACUUUACCAGCCUAGCUCACCUUAAUCUAUCAUACAACAAUUUUGAAGGGCAAGUUCCAACCCGUGGUAUCUUUCAAUACCCAAAUUCUGUAAACCUGGAGGGAAAUAAAGGGUUGUGCGCACUUAUUUCCAUAUUUGCAUUGCAGAUUUGUCCCACCUCAUCUGCUAAAAAGAAGACUGAUACACGACUGCUGCUUAUAGUGAUUCCACCCAUCAGUAUCGCUUUAUUCUCCAUUCUAUCCAUGAUUUUCACUCUUAUAAAGGGAAGUGAGACACACCAAUCUUCAAGUUACCAGGAGACAAUGAAGAGGGUAUCAUAUGGCGACAUUCUCAAAGCCACCAGUUGGUUCUCCCAUGUUAACAAGAUCAGCUCAAGUCGCACAGCAUCAGUCUACAUUGGACGAUUCGAAUUUGGAACAGACCUAGUUGCUAUCAAGGUAUUCCAUCUUGAUGAGCAAAGUGCUCAUAAUAUCUUCUUUACUGAGUGUGAAGUACAAAAACGCACCCGCCAUCGAAACCUGGUCAAAGCAAUAACCUUGUGCUCAACAGUUGAUUUUGAUAAUAAUGAAUUCAAAGCUCUAGUAUAUGAGUUCAUGGCAAAUGGCAGCCUGGAAAUGUUUGUGCACUCAAAGAUGUACCAAGGCAGCCCAAAGAGGGUGCUAACGUUAGGUCAAAGGAUAAGCAUAGCGGCAGAUGUUGCUUCUGCUCUAGAUUAUCUCCACAACCAAUUGGUACCUCCUAUGAUCCACUGUGACCUGAAGCCAAGCAAUAUUCUUUUGGAUUAUGACAUGACCUCACGCAUUGGUGAUUUUGGGUCAGCUAAGUUUCUAUCGUCAAGUUGUACCAAUCCAGAAGGAUUUGAUGGUUUUGGAGGAACCAUUGGAUACAUUGCACCUGAAUAUGGGAUGGGAUGCAAACUCUCGACUAGUGGUGAUGUCUAUAGUUUUGGGGUGGUUCUACUAGAAAUGUUCACAGCAAAGCGGCCAACUGAUACAAUAUUUGGAAACGACCUCAGCCUUCAUAAGUAUGUGGAUCUUGCUUUCCCAGAUAGAAUUGGUGAGGUUUUAGAUCCGCACAUGCCGCUACACGAGAAGAAGGUGGUACAUGAUUUCUGGAUACAAAGUUUCACCUUACCGAUGAUUGAAAUUGCUCUUCUGUGUUCCAAGGAAUCACCCAAAGAUAGGCCAGGAAUGAGGGAAGUUUGCACCAAAAUCGCUUCCAUCAAACAGGAAUUUGACAGAAACCUAUGAUAGUGUAAUUUCAGAAAACCGGGAGGUAUGUUCUAUAUAUGCUAAUCAAUGAUGUGGCUUAAUGGGCAUCUGCAGAAAAGCACAAGCCCUUUGUAAUGAGAAACCAAAAACAGUUCUCUACCAACUUCCUGGAUACCUAAUUCUAACCAAUCUAAACCAAUGUAAAUAGAACAUAUCUUUCAUCAGAAUUAAUUGAAAAGUGAGGAAAAUAAACAGACUGUCGUA